UCCCGUUUGCACUCUUAUAGGGGACUGCGUGCUUAGCAGCCCCCUUGCAGUCGACGAAGGCGACGUUCCGGGCGUGGGUUUUGGGACCUUGUACUCGAGUUACGAGGGACUCUAUGCACACGCUUUGGGUGGUUUCCAGUUUGCGAGGGAYGGGCGAGUCGUGCUUUGGUGGUCGAGCGAACAUUUUUGCGGCGCCGUUCGGGUCCAUGGUCGUCUCUCUCAUUUUUGGCAGCGGUCGCGGCUGUUGGGGCUUUCCUAUGCCGUGGUGCCGGGUUGUGGAUGGUUGCGUUCACCCUCACUCAUCGUGUUGCGAUGAUUGGCGCCUGAUCGCCGACGGCGGUCCGGUUGGCGGUCGUUUGCAGGGUGUGGAGGCGGAGGUGCCCGUCACUGGCUCUCAGCUUCGGCACCAUCAUCCCGUAGGUUACGGGGAGAGCUAUUGCGGCUCUAUUGUGGUGUCGUCUUCGUGUCCGCGCUCACGACGGCGCGUUCCGUUUGUGUUGAGGGGGUGUCACGACUUGGUGAGGACGCUCUACGCUCUCCGCCAUCCGAGCGGCGCCAUUGAGCGGUGGCGCAGGUGGCCUCGGCCAUGCACCCGCUGCUUACCGUAUGAGAGGGCGGAGACUUGUGGGAUGCGUGAUGCACCCUCUGACGGCGUCGCGAGGCUGGGCCCGUCAUCCGCCCGAGUUUUUGGAAUGCGCGCUUGUGCCUGUCGUGUCCCCCAUCCUGUGGUCUCGUUGGCAGAAAAGUGGGUGCGGGGUGCGGUCGAACACUUCUUCGGACCCAUUUUGGAUGAGCAGCCAUACGUGGAUGAGGAGCGCGCCUAUACACGAUAUGAGAUCGACGGCCCGCUCAUCUCGCCUCUAGCAAACACCCUGGCUAUUGCAACUGGCAUUUAUACGUGCCAAGAAGUUAGAGUGGUGACCAAUGAAUCCCCCUUCUGCGAAGUCUGUCGAAUUCACGGACACCUUAACGCACACGGGGGUUGCCUUACGAAGCAGGAGUCGGCCAAGGAGCUCCAAGAUCGAGCAGUCCGGCGCUUAUUGGAACCGAUACUGCAAUCGGACCCGACGCGGGAGCGGAGUGCCUGGAGAGAGACGGAGCUGCAAUACGAUUUGCAGUUGUGGGAAGAGCACAAGGCCGCGAUGCAGGUGGGGGUGGCGGAAGUGCCUAAACCCAAAAUGCCCAGGCAAAGAAGGCGGGGAGAAGCAGUGCGACGGAACCGGGUGUGGGACGGACGAGACCAGACAGAAUUGGACCCCAUGCAAGUUGACCAGGCGGGGUGGAUGUUCCAGCAGGGUGCGAACAAGAGGGGCGGGGAGAACCCGGGGGAGCCGCAUGGCGAGGACCGGAAGAGGGCGGCAAGUGGGCCAGCGGAGGACGCCCAGCAAGAAGGGAAGGAUGAGGCUGCCCCCUCGCCAUCAGCGCCCAGCGGGGGCAACUUACCAGGGAUCGAGCAAAGGGGGGAAGAACCAAUUUACGUGAAGGUAGUGAGGGCUAAGCAAGAAACGGUAAAUCUGUCGGAUAUCCUCAAGGCAAAGGAGGUGUAUGUUUGCCCCCUGGUGCUGUGGUGGUCCCCAACGGGUGUUAAGUUGCUCAUCCAAGGCAAGGCACAGGCGCCGGUAUACAAAGUGUCCGCCCUACCGCAGGUUCAAGAGGCGAUAGAGGUCACCCAGCGAUGGGUGGGAGGGCAGUACGAUGCGGUCGAGAUCCCGCAUAUCUCGGCGUCCAGGUUUAUCCAGCAGUCGGAGUCAGCGGCAGAUUACGCCAUCAUGACGUUCUUUGUGGCGGCAUUGGCCAAGAGACCGGGAGUGCCUCGAUUGCGGCUGCGAAAGGCACAGUGGGUAGACUUCCAAGAGCUCAAAGGCCCCGAGGGGCGCCUGCGGGAAAUUCAUGUGGCACACCAAGCUUCAUUGGGAAUCCUGGAUGGUAUUGAAGAUAAGCUGCCAACGGACGAGCGGUUUGAUUCGCAGCACKUUGCGGAUGGGCAGGGGAUAUGGGCGAAGGCGGAAUCCCUUCUCCCCAAGAGGAGAGAGCUGCAGCAGAGGGUGGAGCAAGACCAAAUCGAUGUCGAYUGUAUCCAGGAAACCAAGUUGGACCAGUCAAAGAUCUCCGCGCCAAAGAUCUGGUGGAAAGGACACCAAGUAUGGGCGCCAGCCCAGGGCACGCGGGGGGGCGUUGCAGUAUUGGUCUCCCCGCACUUUCGAGGUACGAUCAGAGACUGGUUCUUCGACACCCAAGGGAGAUGGGCCUGGGUACUGCUGCAAGGGGAGGAAGAAACAUGGGGUGUGGUCUCGGUGUAUGGACCACCGGAGAUAGGCGAGCGAAGGAGGCUGUGGGAGCAGUUGGCUGCCCUCACCCCGCAAGUAGAGAAGAUCGUUAUCGCCUGGGACUUUAAUACCAUAAGUGUGCCAGGGCUGGAUGCGGCCGCUGCACGGCGGGAAGAGGCGGAUUCAGUGGCCCUGCACACGAGCAUGGCGCAGCUCGGAUGCAGCGACUCAUUUCGCAGCCUACACCCAGACUCCCGGGAGUACACCUUUUGCGGCACAACUCCGCUGCGACGAAGCCGCAUCGACAUGAUUUGGGCAUCCGCGCAGAUGAAUCAGCGAUGCGAAGACGGUCGAAUGGUGGCCAUGGCAACAUCCGACCAUGCGGCGGUAAUCUCCACAUACGCGAUAGGACGGAUGGAAAUGGGGAGACCCCCUGCGUGGGUAUUUGCCAGUCCCGAGUACCGGCCGGUGGUGCUGCGCUUCUGGGAGGAGUGGGUGGAUACCUCCCCCCAAGAGGACCGACUGAUGCACGUAAUGGAGGCGCUGGCAGAUUUAAAGGCGUUGCUGCUGGCCCAAGUACGGCUGCAGCACAUGGCGCACCAGCGCACGGGGUUCGGCAAACUGCUGUCGGCGCUCAUCCACCCCUCCCAAACAGGCUUUGUACCGGGACGCCAAAUAGUGACCAGCAUCCUGCUGGCCCAGCAAGUAUUAGAGGAGGAGGAGGUCUCUGGCCAACCGCUCGCCUUCGUUUCAAUCGACCUUCAAAAGGCAUAUGACCGAGUGCGUUGGGAGUUCCUGCUGCAGGCCAUGGCUUGGAGAGGUAUUGGAGUGAUUUUCCGGAGCUGGGUUAAAUGCCUCCUGAAAGAGGCGGCCACGGUCAUGCAGGUGAAUGGGGUUCAAGGCUGCCCACUAUCGCCAGCACUAUACGUUAUCUAUAUUGAAGCACUGCAUGACCUGCUGAGAGGCGACUGYAGACUGCACGGGCUCCAGCUUCAGCAAGGGGGGGAGGUGCAGYCGUYGGCAUUUGCGGAYGACACGGGAGCCAUUAUCCCGCCGACAAUUCAGCAACUGCAGGUUCUGCAAGCAGAUCUGGCGACGUUCUGCAGGUACUCUGGGGCACGGGUGAAUUGGGACAAAUCCCAAGCCAUCCUCCCCCCCGGUAKGGAGCCASCRGAAGGCUGGGACAUCCCCACGGUGGGCGACGAGAGGAUGCACUUUCUUGGGGCCAACCUAACCCCCAGCUGGGGGGGAGUGGAGCAGAUGGCAGUACAGGCAGUGGCUGCGGUGGCCAARCUGAGUGCAUGGAGUGGAGCGGUGCAUGUGGGGGUUUUCGGAAAGGCACUAAUAAUMAAAAACUCGGUACUUGCUACCCUGUGGUAUGCAGGCGCCAUCCACAUGCCGGGCAGAAGAACGUUUGCAUAUCUACGGCAAGCGAUCCAGGCGUACCUAUGGUCCAACAAUGCGGACACACGGGACUCCAUCUGUAGGGUGGCAUGGCCAAAGUUAGUGCAGCCAAGGAGUGAAGGAGGGCUGGGCCUGCUGGAACCACGAUUGCAGAUGAUGGCGUUGCAAAUGAGACACCUGGUCUGGUAUCUGCUGCGAACGGCUGGGGAACAGUGGCAUAUGCUUGCUAGCCAACAUCUGGCAUAUGCACUGCAGUUGCCCCCGGCACUGGUGGAGGUUAGCCUCGCCAGUUCAGGCCUCAUGGGCCACGUAAAACGGGGCACAGUUUGGUCCACCCCGUUGAGUGUGUGGCGGAAGGUGGGGCUGGUCAACAGUGAACCCACCACGGCGGAUGCAGUCUAUAACCAGGUGCUGUUCGAGAACCGCUUCAUCUGCGACGUGAGCGGGGACAGCCUCCCAUGGCAGGGGAAAUCGGGCGCAUUCGRUCGCCAAKGGGCCGAGCUUGGGGUAUAUAAAGUUGGCCACCUGUGGGAUGAGGAGCUGCGGGACUGGAAAGACGGACGCCGCGAUGGCAAGGUGCCUCCCCCACCAGGUGCAAAGGAGCCAAAGACUGCGGGAGGUCAGGGACGCCAUCCCCACCCAGUGGAUAGAUCGGCUCAGAGAGGGCAAAAUCUGCAGGGGGGAGUGAGUAAAGCUCAAAGGCGAGGCACGCCCAGCCAGGAUCUACAAAGUGGAGGUGGAGCAGGGGGAGUCACUGGUGGUCACCAUGUGGAACGUGACGACAGGAUAUCAAGGCUUGGGGGACCCGGUGGUUGCGGGUGGACGGGAGGGGGUGAUUCAGAAAAGUAUGACGGAGACAGUCUCAGUGGGGCAGAGGAGCAAACCUACGAAGGAGUCUAUGCUCCCCUAUAGAUUGGCCGUACGAAGGCGCGACUUAUCCUGGGAUCCUCAGGACUGGACAUGGCCAAGACAGAAUCACCUGAGAACCAAGACCCCCCUACAGACAACGRCAACAAAGCAAAUUUUCAGGU